AUGCUCCUUAAGCCAAAGUAUGGCCGCUUUCGCAACGAGUCUGUGACCUCCUCCGACGACCUGAUGCAGAGCCUAGCCAUGAGCGGCAAAGUUGUGGCCACACCGGUGGUCCCUUCCUCCACCCCGAGCCUUCCUCUGCCUCCCCUGCCUCCUCUGGACCCCGCUGCCAGAUCAUCUAACCCUGCUGGGGCUGCAGCCCUGGCUGACUCCCCUGGCCUGGAUGGAGAACAGGAUGCCACCACUACCUUCUGCAUGCUCAUCCCUAAGAUGCCCCAGUGGAAGUUCUCCAACUCCCUGCUCAGCCGGAGCCCGUCCAACUCCAGCUCCAGCUCCAGCUCCAGCAAGGACUCGGGAAAGGCAGCAGAAGCUCCUUCCCAGGCCUCCCUUUCUUCAUCAUCACAGAGGGCCAGUGGUGCGACCACAGCCAGCGGCCCUGUGGCCAGUCUCGCGGCGGUGCUUAACUCCUGUGACCCUGUUUGUGUCAGCCCCUGUUCCUUGCAGGCCAUUCGAGGGCAGAGGGUGGUUACAGCAGCAAACUCUGCCAGCCCGGGGGGCCACGGAUUUGGGGCCACAGAGGCCAUGGCGAGCCCCGGGGGAUCCAGCAGCUCCAGGUCAGGAAUGAACCGCAGGACAAGGGUGGAAGGCAUGUGGCUGGGGGGAGAGGACUUCAACCAGAAGGGUAGCUUCAUCCACAAGCCCUCUCAAGGCUGGCUGCACCCUGACAAGAAGAUUGCAGGACCAGGGGCCUCUUAUAUUGUCAGGUACAUGGGCUGCAUUGAAGUAUUAAGAUCAAUGCGCUCCCUGGACUUCAACACACGGACUCAGGUGACAAGGGAAGCCAUCAACAGGCUGUGUGAAGCUGUGCCAGGCGGAAAGGGAGCCUGGAGGAAGAAGGCCCUGAACAAAGCUCUCCAGUCCGUCAUGGGGAAGAGUAACCUGCGAUUUGCAGGCAUGAGUAUUGCAGUGAAUAUUUCCAUAGAUGGUCUUGGUCUCCUUAUCCCUACCACGCGACAGGUGAUAGCACACCAUCCCAUGCAGUCCAUCUCAUUCGCCUCUGGGGGCGACACGGACACGCCUGAUUAUGUUGCAUAUGUGGCCAAAGACCCAGUGAAUCAGAGGGCGUGUCACAUUCUGGAGUGCUCGGACGGUUUAGCCCAGAGCGUCAUCAGCACCAUCGGCCAAGCCUUCGAGCUGCAGUUCAGACAGUACCUACACAGUCCUCCCAAGACCAUGGCGUCUGUGGAGAGGUCUGUGAGGACAGAAGAGCCGAUGUGGGGGGAGGAUGAGGACUUCUCGGACCACGAUUACUACAACAGCAUCCCAGGGAAGGAGCCUCCUAUUGGGGGAGUGGUGGAUUCCAGGCUCAGGCCCAGCGGAGCCCUGCUGGGUCACAUCCACACCCAACCACAGAGCAAGACAGCAGCACAGAUGGGCUCACCAGCUAGGAGGGAGCAAGCAUCUUAUCCCCCAGGCCAGCUGUGCUAUGAACUUCACUGGGACACUGAGACGACAGGAAGCUCAGGUGUGACAUCAGAUGGUUACCUGUGUGCUGACGGCCAGCAACCAGGCAGCAGAGAUUAUGAGGAGCAUCAGUAUGUGAACACCCAGAGUCUGGAAAACCUGGAUUCACGGUGGCCUGAAGGACACAGAGGGACCAGGGCACCUGACAGUCCCAAAAAGGACCUCUUUGACAUGAGGCCCUUUGAGGACGCCCUGAAGCUCCACGAGGCCUGCGGCGGAGCUGCUGGGUCCGGUAUGUCUGCCGCAGCUGGAGGUGUCCGGGUCCUGGAGGACCAGUGGCCUAGCCCCCCACGCCGCCGAGCCCCUGUGGCCCCAAACGAGGAGCAGCUCCGCAGGGAGACGUGGUACCACAGCCGCAUGAGCAGACGGGACGCAGAGAGACUCCUGGUCCGGGAUGGAGACUUCCUGGUCCGGGAGAGCACCACCAACCCUGGACAGUAUGUGCUAACUGGCAUGCACUGUGGCCUGCCAAAACACCUACUGCUGGUGGACCCGGAGGGAGUGGUCAGAACUAAAGACAUGUUAUUUGAGAGCAUAAGCCACCUUAUCUCGUACCACCUGAAGAACGAGCUGCCUAUAGUGGCAGCAGAGAGUGAACUCCACCUCAAACAGGUGGUCCGGAGGAAACAGUGAGCCACCUGACCCCGCAUGGGACGGUGAAUUCUUGUGUCCCCAUGCAACAACCACAUCCAAAAGUGAAUAUGGAAAUCAUUUAUCCCAGAUGGAUAUUCAUCUGGAACAAAGGACAUCACUGCUAAUUUCUUUCCAUGAACAAUUCUGCAAAGGAG